UAUUUAAAAAUUGUUUGGACGAUUUGUAUACUUUGUUGUUUAACUUUUCUUUAUUUUUCCUUAUUAGAUAGGACUUCUAAUCUCAAAUUUAUUUUAAUGUCAAAGAGAAAAAUUGACGAUACAGAAUUACAAAAAACAGAAGAAGAAUCCUCAUCACAACCUUCAGCAAAAAUUGCGCCAAUAUUUCUCAACGCUUCUGCUCAAAAAAUUCACGGAACAUGGCGUGUUUUGACUGAUCAAUUAAUGAUUUACACACCUCAAGGAAUUUUGCAUCGAUCAAAAAUUGCUGGUUUUGAUAUGGAUGGUACUUUAAUUAAAACAAAAUCUGGACGUGUUUUCCCUCUAAAUAAUGAUGACUGGCAAUUUUGGUCAAGAGGUACUAUUGGAAGAUUGAGGAGAUGUCAUGAAGAAGGGUUUAAAUUGUGUAUAUUUACAAAUCAAAUGGGAAUCCAGAAAAAACAUGUUGACGCUGCUGGAUUCAAAAUUAAAAUUCAAAAUAUUUGUACAGCUGUUGGUGUACCUAUUCAAGUUUUUGUAUCAAUUGGAACUCCAAAUUUUCGAAAACCUUAUACAGGAAUGUGGGAUAAACUUGUGGAAAGUGAAAAUGGAUCUAUUGGAAUAGAAAAAAGUGAAUCAUUUUAUGUUGGAGAUGCUGCUGGAAGAACAAAGAACAACAAUCGCCCAAAAUCAGAUCAUUCUUGUGUUGACCGUCUUUUUGCAAUGAAUUUGGGACUUAAAUUUUAUACUCCAGAACAAUUUUUCUUUCCUAGCAAUUCACAAAUUGAAGAAGAUUUUUUAUUACCAAAAUUUAAUUCUUUAGAAAUGAUGGAAAAUUCUUCAAAUUUAAAUGAAUUUGAGCCAGAAAAUGUCAAAAUACCAAAUUCUUCACAAGAAUUAAUUUUACUUGUUGGCCCUCCAGCUUGUGGAAAAAGCACAUUUUCACAAAAAUAUAAAGACAAUUAUGUUAUAAUAAAUCAAGAUGAAUUAAAAACUUGGCAAAAUUGUUUUGAUAAAUGUAAAAAAGUAUUGGAAAAUGGAUCAAGUGUAAUUGUUGAUAAUACAAAUAGAGGAUUAGAUAUUAGAAAGAAAUAUUGCGAUUUGGCCAAAUCUCUAAACAUUCCUUGCCGCUGUUUUAUUUUUGAUUGUUCAUUGUCACAUUCACUUCACAAUAAUGAAUAUCGAAAAAUUAUAGAAGAUGGUGGAGAUGAAGCACAUAAAAAUAUUAAUGAAGUCGUUAUAAAAACUUUUUUUGCUGGUUAUAAGGAACCAAAAUUAGAAGAAGGAUUUGAUGAAAUUAUCAAAAUACGAUUUAAACCAAAUUUUCAAAGUGAACAACAUCGGCGAAUCUAUGGAAUGUAUUUAAUUGGAAGUGUAAAUGUAUAG